CGUUGCGCCAUACAGCAGUUUACUGACGUUUUAGAGGUGCUUACUGCCUCCAUCUUCAUCUUCAGGGCGACCUGGUGACGGAGGCAGAUCUGGACAAGAGCCUUGGUGACAGGUGCGUCGAAUCGCUUUGACCUUAGAGCACUUUAGUUCGUCGUCGGGACGGGCUAAAUUCGUUAUGCAACCACGGAACGGAUCGUCCUGUCAUAGACACGCGGCGCGAGGCGAAUCGGACCUUCUCUUGACGUCACAACACUGAGUCUGUGACGAGCGCCUCGGCCAUUUCUUUCAAGUUCCUUCUUCGGAUUCCAAAUGAAAUGUUUAAUGUUAACUCUCCAAUUGACGUGGAAACAGAAACCACACUCCAGCGUCGCGAGCGGAAGUCAAAAGCCGUCAAUUCCUCGUCCUCAGAACAAAUUUCUUUACAUGUACGACGCUCGUGGCUUUGUUACAAGCCAAUAAAUCAUGUACAGGCAAUUUGCGUUCGCCCGCUCGCAGUAUUUUCCUUGUAAUCGUACAAAAAGCCGAAGGAGAUAAAAGAUUCUUGUUCCGUGGAAGAGCGACUGUCAUAUUCUAGAGGAGAAACUUGUGAUUUUAAUAUCAGGCCUAACUAGAUUAAGUUACAACCAACAAACACUCAUACGAGUACAAAUAAAGAUAAUUGUUAUCUGUAAAUGCCUUAACGAGAAACGCACUCAAAUUUCCGAAAUUAUUGAAUAUCAGCCGCGUGUGUUUGAUGUGGCUUAAGGUAAAAUGCCACAGAACAUUCUUUAUUAAACAGGCUUUGAUAAUUUAAACCCUUGAAUAAACGUUCUUCCUGUGUAUCGCGAAUUGUAGGUGGUCACUAAAGGCCCUAGUUAAUCCUGUUUGGUUUUGUGUCACUCACACCUUCAUUUCCAUUAUGAUCUGAGUGACACAAAUUUUAAUCAAAACCAGCCACAAUUUGCUUUUUUCAUAUAGACGAACCGGGCAGACAGAAUGCGUCACGGGAAGCACAGCUCGCGGGAUUAUCCCCACUGAGAUUCCCGCCUCUUCCCUUCUCUACGAUCCACAUCAUCCCUUUUUGCAAUAUAAAACAGACGAUUCCGAACACCAACCCGCCACAAGUUAAGGUUUUUUUCAACAAGAACCAGAACUACUGACGACAAAUUCAAUCGAAAUGGCGCUGAUUGUAAGUCAACACCAGAUAUAUACGGUAGUGUCAACAACUGCUACAGUUCUGUGGAUUAUCACCACUGCGUCAUGUGCAGAAUUUGGGCUUCUGGCUCAACACAAUAAUACAAAGGGAAUUAAGUUUCGUGAAGAACGAAAUGCAGUGUGGGACAAACCAUUCUACGGAUCAUUCCAUGUUCCACGAGAAGUCUACCCCCAGGACAGAGACAACAGGGACGUAGAAGUGACUGUGGACUUCCGUUCACUGUGUGAAACGGUGACAAGGCGCGUGGAACUAAGUGACAUGGAAUAUGAGUACAGGCCGCCACACUACCACGAGAAGAUAUGCACGUCAUAUGGAGGAGGCGAGACAGCUGACACGGGAAAUCAGAUGUGCAUGUUUUCUUGCGUUCAACGAACAGACACGGUCUACCUCACCCGACGCCGCUACGACACCAACUGCUGGGAAACAUUCACAAAAACUGUAGCAUCGUCUUGUGACUGUAUGUGGCCAGAAACGAAGUAUGCACCGACCGGUUAAUGCACACAACAGAGAUGAAGAAUAAACCCAGGGUUUAGACAAGAUAACUUUCACUAGUCUCACCACCUAUAAGACAGCAACAGGACUUGGAUCAACGCAAUAAGAGAAAGCAUCAUUCAGAUUAAGCAGCAUAUAUAGAUGAAAAUGAAUCUUCAAGGAUGACUGUUUGAAACAGAAAAUUAUUUACCAACACAAGUGAUUGAUUAUAAAGAAAUUAUCAUUAUAGACAUUGCUUACAAUCGUCUCACGCAGGUCGAGGAUUAAAAUAAGGGCUACCAGUGUUCCUAUCAUAAUUUAGAAGAGUCCAGAGUUACAAAGUUUAUUGGCUGUAACCAGUAAAUAUUUCACUACCUCCAUGAAGCAGUCAAAAAAUUCCCCACAUUUUAUGGAACCUGAAAGUUCACCACAAUUUUAAAAAGAAUGCACCACUGGUCCUAUGCUGAGCCUUAUGACUCCAAUUCAGACACCUAAACCCAAUUUUACAAAGAUCUAUUUUAAUAUUAUCCUCUCACAUAUGCAGAGCUCUUCCAAGUGGUCUUACUAUUAUUAACAUGACUCUGUUUCAAACACUUAUGUGUGCACACAUCCUUAUAAGCAUGACAUAAAGGAUGUGCAUGCACCAAAAUUUGAACAGUUUAGACGUUAACAAAGGCCAUCUGCGUAACUCUCCUGUCUGGGUCGUUCAACUUGUAACCAACAAGAACUGUCCAUGUCUUCCCCAGCUUGUGGGUUUUGAGAACACGAGGUUUCAGUGUCACAAAGAAACUGCUACAGAACAUGUAAUAAUUUAUAUAAUUUAUUAUUUAAUCCACAGGUACCUCCAUUUCUAUUAAGGUGACUGUAAUGCAAAAACAAAUAUAAGUACUUUUCUCUUAAA